CUUGUGGGUCAUCACUCAUCACUGUCUUUCUGGGUCUUCAAUCCCCAAAACAAUAUUAUUAUUAUGAUGAUCACAACCUCAAUUUGGGGGAUACAACAGAUGAAUUUUCAGAGGAAUUCAGAAAUUCUUACUCAAGAACACAUUUGUCUUUUAUUGGUUUUCUUUCUCAAAACAUCCUAGUUCACCUCAAAUCUUUUACUGGAAAAGUCAUGAGAUCUUUGAAUCUUGUUGGGAAUACCUUCGGGUGCUCUGCGUCCGGAGAGCGGCUUGUUUCGGCUGCUAGAGAUGGUGAUUUUCAAGAAGCGAAAGCUUUAUUGGAAUAUAACCCGAGGCUCGCUAAAUAUGCCACUUUCGGGGGUCGAAAUUCGCCCCUUCAUCACUCUGCCGCUCAAGGUCACCAUGAGAUUGUUUCCCUUUUGAUCGAGUCUGGGGUGGAUAUUAAUCUCAAGAAUUAUCGUGGGCAGACUGCUUUGAUGCAAGCAUGUCAAUAUGGUCAUUGGGAAGUUGUGUUGACUCUGGUUCUUUUCAAAGCCAAUAUCCAUAAAACGGAUUGUCUAAACGGAGGUACUGCAUUACACUUGGCUGCUCUUAAUGGACACGCGUGUUGCAUUCGGAUCCUACUCGCUGAUUAUAUCCCAAGUAUUUCUUCAUUUUAUAAACUCGUCAAGAAAAAAUCAAGAUUUCAAGAAUUUGUGUCGGAAUCCAAUGACGGAACCUCACUCCAUGAGAUAAUCAAUAGACCCGCUGAUGGAGGUGUGACCGCUCUUCAUAUGGCUGCAUUAAAUGGGCAUGUUGAUAGUUUGUGUUUACUACUUGAUUUGGGGGCGUCUGUGAAUGAGGUCACUCUUGAAGACGGUGCCACUAUUGAUUUAAUAGCAGGAGCCGGAAGCACACCUCUCCAUUACGCGGCAUAUGGUGGAAAUCCACAUUGUUGUCAAAUUCUGAUAGCCCGGGGUGCCAGUCUAACAGCAGAAAACGAAAAAGGAUGGAGUCCCUUAGAGGUUGCUCGCUUAUGGCAUAGAGAAUGGCUCGAGGAAGUUCUAAGUGCACACCAACAAGACCGAACAAUUACUCUUCCUUCUCCAUAUUUGUCCCUCCCCCUUAUGAGUGUAGUCAAGAUUGCACGAGAAUGCGGCUGGACCAGUGAUUCACUUUCAAACUGUACCGAUCCAUGCCCCGUUUGCUUGGAAAACAAGUGCACAGUAGCAGCAUCAGGUUGUCUACACGAACUAUGCACUCGAUGCGCAUUAUAUCUAUGUUCCACUAGCAACACUUCAAGUGCAGCCCACGCCCCACCGGGUUCAAUCGCCUGUCCUCUCUGCCGCCACAGCAUUGUUUCAUUCAAGAAGCUCACAACCACAAAACCACAGCUUCAACUGUUAAAACAAAACUCAUCCUUAUCAUGCUGCUCGUGUUCUUCGAUGCCCAGAAUCGACACUCCAACUAUGCAACAAAGAAUCCCAUUAUCCAAAAAGAAACCUGCUUCACAAUCUUUGAACUUUCAUAAGUUUACGACGUUGAAACUCGAUAAUAAUCUGUGUUUGCGAGGUACUGACACUAUUGCAUCGAUAGUUAGGCGGUCUCAUAUCAACAGGUACCCGAGAUCCAGUUUCCGGUGGUCUAGUUCACAUGUGAAAGGCAGAAGAUCUUGGUUAUGCACUUCGAAUCAGUCGGUAGAAAGUCCUGGUGAUUACUGAGUGGAAUAUAUACAACAAUUUGGAGAUUGAUGGUUAGCUAACAUGAAACAGGAAAUCAAUGAGAUUGGGAUUCUUUUCAAGAUCUUUGUUGUUUUUUUUUUUAAUCUUUUUUUUCUUUUUUGGGUUUGAUUUUGGUUUAAACAAGUAAUGGUGUUUCUGUGCAUAUUAGCAAUGUAUUGUUUUGUAGAUACUAAAGGAAUGAAAAGAAAAAGAUUUUUUUUUAUUGUUA